AUGUCUACCGCCUCGACUGCCCCUUCGUCCCCCAUCGUUCACGCCAUGUUUGACGACCUCGCUAUUGACUCGGGCUUCACCACUCCUGACCGCUCGUCGUCUCCCUCCCCAGCCCUUCCUGCUUCGCCUCUUGCUAGCGGUCUGCACAAGGUCGCUGUCAUCGGCUCUGGCAGCUGGGGUACCGCUCUCGCCAAGAUUGCCGCUGAGAACGUCGCCAAGCGCACCAGCGAGUUCGACCCUGAGGUCCGCAUGUGGGUCCGCGAGAAGCAGGUCAACGGCAAGAAGCUCACCGAGGUCAUCAACAAGACCCACAUGAACUCGCGUUACCUCCCGGACGUUGAGCUGCCCGAGAACCUUGUCGCCGUCCCCAAGCUCGCCGACGUCGUCAAGGACGCAACCCUUAUCGUCUUCGUCACCCCCCACCAGUUCCUCCACACCGUCAUUUCCGACCUCAAGCGUGUCCCUGGAACGAUCACCCCGGGCGCCCGCGCAGUUACUGCCAUCAAGGGCGUCGAGGUUGUCGGCACUGAGAUCUCCACCUUUGCCUCCCUCAUCGAGUCGCAGCUCAGCACGCCUUGCUCGGCUCUCUCGGGUGCCAACAUCGCCCUCGAGGUCGCUCUUGGCCAGUUCUGCGAGACCACCAUUGGCUGCCCCUCGGGCGUCGACGCUACUCUGUGGCACGCCGUUUUUGACGCCCACUCGUUCCGUGUCUCGACUGUCGAGGACGUCAACGGUGUCUCGCUCGGUGGUGCGCUCAAGAACAUUGUCGCCCUCGCUGCCGGCAUGGUCGACGGUCUGCGUCUCGGUGGCAACACCAAGGCCGCCAUCCUCCGCAUUGGUCUGUCCGAGAUGACCGAGUUCACCCUCGAGUUCUUCCCCGGCGCCCAGCGCCAGACCUUCUCCAACGAGUCGGCAGGCAUUGCCGACCUCAUCACCACCUGCUACGGUGGCCGCAACCGCAAGUGCGCUGAGGAGAUGGUCAAGACCGGCCACUCGUUCGACGUCAUUGAGAAGCGCCUGCUCAACGGCCAGAAGCUCCAGGGUACCGCUACCGCCCAGGAAGUCAACGCCUUCCUCAGCGCCCGUGACGCGGUCUCCAAGUACCCGCUGUUCGAGAAGGUGUACCGUAUCGCCUUCGAGGGCAUGCCCCCCGCCGAGCUCGUCAAGGGUCUCUAA